UGACUUUCAACUUUCCUCAGCAACUCUGGAAUGGAUGAACAAACACUGAGAUCAUGGCAUAUCAACUUGACCUUCUCAUAGGUGUGAUCUUCAUGGCCAGCCCCGUGUUGGACAUGUCUCCCUGUUCUUCAGAUGGCCAGAUAGCCUUAUUCCGGAGCUGUAACCUUACCCAGAUUCCCUGGGUCCUCAAUACCACCGAGAGGCUCCUGCUCAGCUUCAACUACAUCAGUAUGGCCGUUGCUACAUCAUUCCCACUCCUGGAGAGACUCCAGCUGCUCGAGCUGGGGACCCAGUAUGCUAACUUGACUAUUGGCCGGGAGGCCUUCAGAAACCUGCCCAAUCUUAGGAUCUUGGACCUGGGCCAAAGCCAGAUUGAAGUCUUGAGUCCAGAUGCUUUUCAGGGACUGCCCCAUCUCUUUGAACUUCGGCUGUUUUCCUGUGGACUCUCCAGUGCUGUAUUAAGUGACGGUUACUUCAGAAAUCUAAAUUCAUUAGCUCGCUUAGACCUAUCUGGCAACCAGAUUGACAGCCUUCACCUCCAUUCUUCAUUUCAGGAACUGAAUUCCUUAAGCGACAUAGAUUUUUCUUUCAACCAAAUAUUCACUUUAUGUGAAGAUGAACUCAAGCCUCUGCAGGGUAAAACACUGUCUUUCUUCGGCCUCAAGUCAACUAGCCUGUUCAGCAGAGUCUCUGUGGUCUGGAAGACAUGCAGGAACCCUUUCAGUGGCAUGUGGCUUGAAACUCUAGAUCUCUCUGAAAAUGGCUGGACAGUGGCCAUCACAGGGAACUUCAGCAACAUCAUCCAGGGAAGCCAGAUCUCCUCUUUGAUUCUUAAAUACCACAUCAUGGGUUCUGGCUUUGGCUUCCAGAACAUCAGAGAUCCCGACCAGAGCACAUUUGCCAGCCUGGCCAGCAGUUCAGUGCUACAACUGGACCUUUCACAUGGCUAUAUCUUCUCCUUGAAUCCCCAACUGUUUGAGACACUGAAGGAUUUGAAGAUUCUGAACCUUGCCUUCAACAAGAUAAACAAAAUUGGAGAUAAUGCAUUUUAUGGGCUUGACAGCCUCCAGAUUCUCAAUCUAUCUUAUAACCUUUUGGGAGAACUCUAUAAUUCUAACUUCUAUGGGCUUUCUAGAGUAGCCUACAUUGACCUUCAAAGGAACCACAUUGGGAUCAUUCAAGACCAGACAUUCAGCUUAUUAAAAAAGUUACAAACCUUAGAUCUCCGUGAUAAUGCUCUUAAAACCAUUGGUUUUAUUCCAAGCAUAGAGACAGUCUUCCUGGGUGGCAAUAAGCUGACCCAUUUGCCACGCAUCCGUUUUACAGCCAACUUCAUAGAAUUAUCUGGAAACAGGCUAGAAAAUCUGUCUGACCUCUACUUCCUCCUGCGAGUCCCCCAGCUCCAGUUUCUCAUCCUAAAUCAGAAUCGCCUUUCAUCAUGCAAGGCGGUCCACACCACCUCAGAGAACCUAAGCUUAGAACAGCUUUUCCUCACAGAGAAUAUGCUGCAGCUUGCCUGGGAGACCGGCCUCUGUUGGGAUAUCUUUAAAGGCCUUUCCCGCCUCCAAAUCCUUUACCUGAAUAAUAACUACCUUAAUUUCCUUCCACCAGGAAUAUUUAACAACUUGGUUGCAUUACGGAUGCUCAGUCUCAGUGCUAAUAGGCUGACCGUGCUCUCUCUGGGCAGUUUACCUGCUAAUUUAGAGAUUCUCGAUAUAUCUAGAAAUCAGCUUUUCUCUCCUGAUCCUGGUUUGUUUUCUUCACUUCGUGUCUUGGACAUAACUCAUAAUGAGUUCAUCUGUGACUGUGAGCUUAGCACUUUUAUCGUCUGGCUCAACCAAACCAAUGUCACUUUGUUCGGCUCUCCUGCAGACAUGUAUUGCAUGUACCCUAACUCGCUGCUAGGGGGCUCCCUCUACAACCUAUCCACCAAGGACUGUGAUGAAGAGGAAGCCAUGCGGUCCCUAAGGUUUUCCCUUUUCGUCCUGUGCACAGUCACUUUAACUCUGUUCCUUGUCAUCACCCUCAUAGUCAUAAAGUUCCGGGGGAUUUGUUUCCUGUGUUAUAAGACCAUCCAGAAGCUGGUGUUCAAGGACAGGGACUGGAAUUCGGAACCUGGUACGUCUAAAUAUGAUGCCUACUUCUGCUUCAGUAGCAAAGAUUUUGAAUGGGCACAGAAUGCUUUGCUCAGACAUCUGGAUGCUCAGUACAGUUCCCGAAACAGGCUCAGGCUGUGCUUUGAGGAAAGAGAUUUCAUUCCAGGGGAAAACCAUGUCUCUAACAUCCAUGCAGCCAUCUGGGGCAGCAAAAAGACAGUGUGUCUAGUGAGCAGACACUUCCUUAAGGAUGGCUGGUGCCUGGAAGCCUUCAGGUAUGCCCAGAGCCGGUGUCUGUCUGACCUCAAAAACAUUCUCAUCGUGGUGGUGGUGGGAUCACUAUCCCAGUAUCAGCUGAUGAGACAUGAGACCAUCAGAGGGUUCCUGCAAAAGCAACAGUACUUGAGGUGGCCUGAAGACCUCCAGGAUGUUGGCUGGUUUCUCGAUAAACUCUCUGGAUGCAUACUAAAGAAAGAAAAGGGAAAGAAGAAAAGCAGUCCCAUUCAGUUGCAAACCAUAACAACGAUUUCCUAGUGGAAGGUGCACUUUGCAAGCACUGCAAAUAACUCUCCACUCUGUAUGUGCACAGCUGUUGAGGGUCCUUCCCAGGGCUAUGAAAACAACAUCAAUCUCUUGAUUUCAUGUCAACAGGGUGCUCUGUC